GGUGAGAGAGUGUGAUUGACUCUCAGAGAGCAGAGACAAACACAUAGAAGACAGAGAGAAAGAGAGAGGGACGUGUGUGUGAGGAGGACAGAAGGAGGAAGUGUGUGAGUGAGGGGGUUUUGCAGCUGCUCUGGGAUCAUGUCUCUAAGUGGGAAGGUGGCUCUGGUGACCGGGGGGGCUCAGGGCAUUGGGAGAGCGGCCGUCCAGUCCCUGCUGCAGAGCUCAGCUAAGGUGGCGAUGGUCGACAUGAACGAGGCCUGUGGGAAACAAUGCAAGGCACAGCUUGAUGCUGAGUUUGGAGAGGGGUGCUGUACUUUCAUCCCAUGUGACGUGUCCAACGGAGACGCUCUGAGAGAUGCAUUUAAGACAACAGUGGACAUGUUUGGACGUCUGGACAUCGUAAUCAACAAUGCUGGCAUCAACAAUGAGAAGAACUGGGAGAAGACCAUACAAGUCAACCUGACAUCUGUGAUUAAAGGGACCUACCUGGCGCUGGAGCACAUGAGCAAAGAGUAUGGCAAGGAAGGAGGCACAAUCAUCAACGUAUCCUCUAUGGCAGCCUUCCUGCACUCUCCCCAUCAGCCCGUCUACACAGCAACCAAACACGGAGUCAUCGGCUUCACCAGAGCGAUGGCGGACGCGUCCUCUCAGGGCGAAUAUGGCGUCCGUAUCAACGUCCUGUGCCCGGCCUUCGUGGACACUCCUCUGCUGCACUCAGUGGAACAGGAGGACAACAUGGGACGGUUUGUGAAGUUCAAGGAUGAUUUCAAACGCAGCAUGAACAAGUUUGGAGUUUUACAGCCGUCGUUGAUAGCCGAGGGCAUGAUGAGGCUGAUCAGUGACUCGUCUCUGAACGGAGCAGUGAUGAAGAUAACCUGCUCAAAGGGAAUCCACUUCCACACGUAUGAGCCCAUGUCUGCUUGACACACUGGACUCCACGUUGCUGCUCAGGAUGAAAAACACACAGCUUUAUUUCUGAAACAGAGCAGAAACUGGAUCAGGACGAUGUCCAGCAGCUGGAGUUCAUUGAGAAGGAAGUGGAAGCUGGAUUCUACUGGAAGCACUGGGAUAAAAAUGCCUCAUUGUGUUUAUAAAUAAAUGCCUGUGUUAAAUGAAUCAAAUCAGGAAGCCUGUUUAUAAUCAUUGAAGAACAUAGGUUUUUAACCAGCAGAUAUUUAGUAUUUCAAACCAAAGCUAUAAAUCCUACUGACUCAGGUUUCUGAGUUAAUGGAAAUAUUUCCCAGUUUAUCCACCUCAGACACCAGUGAGCAUCUUCUUUGAUUAAACCAUGUUAUCAUGCCAACUGUAACAGUCAUUAUUUAUCAGCUAUUUUUAUGAUUUAUGUAAAAA